UGUCAUCCACAUCUAUAGGUCCUGCUUCUUGCUUUGAGACAUGAAUCCUGCUAGUGAAGGCAAAAGUACCACAUCUAAGAAAGAUGCUGGGAAACUCCAAGGUGAUCCAAAGAACAGUAACGGCGGUGAUCCGAAUUCAGACGGGAAUAGUACUAGUACUUGUCAAGCAGGCUAUCACCAAAGACUUUCUAAGAAGCAGCUUUACACCCUGCUAAGCCUAUGGAUGGAGCUUUUCCCAAAUGAAGAAAAUUCUGACAAUCCUGAAAUAGUUGAUAAAUCUGGCGAAAUAAAGAUAAAUACAGUUGGUCUUGUUGUAUUAAAAAAUUCUAAAAUAAUUGGCUUACACCGUUCGAGUAAAGAAGUACAUGCGGGACAACUAGCCAUUAUCAAACAUGCAUCAAAACUGCAAGGCUGUGAGCUGUAUUUCUCAAGAAAACCAUGUUCAAUAUGUUUGAAAAUGAUUAUAAAUGUUGGAGUGAGAACUGUUUUCUACUGGCCAACCGAUCCAGAAGUAAGCAUCAUGGAAAACAAUGAGAAGGCCAUACAAGAUGCCGAAGCUGUGGAAAAGCUAAAAUCAAACAGUCAUACUCGUGUCCAGAUAUUACUUCUGCCUGUGUCCAAAGACUUACGGACAUUUAUAGAGAAAACCUCAAAGAAAAGUGAUUUCUGUGAGAAAGUUAAGAAGCAGAAUGAAAAUGUUAUCAUGGAAAAUUUUAAAAACUUGUUUCUAAUUGCACAAGGAGAAGCUCACAAAAAUAUCUUAAAGAAAAUUGGUUUGGAAGCUAUUUGUGAAGAUAGUUGCUUCACUACUCUGAGGAAAACCAUGGCAGAUCUUAUUGAUUUGCUGGAAUUUAUAAGUUCCAGUGUUCCAAAAUUGCCAAACUGGGGAUUUUAUCCCACUUCUCCAAAUAAGGAAUCUUCUUGUACUCCUUCAUCUUAUUCACAUAGUGGAUUUCAAAAAGUUGCCAGACACUGCAUGGUACAAGCACAGCUACUGUCUUACAGAACAGAAGAUCCUAAAACCAAAGUAGGGGCAGUUAUUUGGGCCAAAGGAAAAUCUCAUUGUGAUGGCACAGAAAACAUGUACUUGGUGGGUUGUGGUUAUAAUGGCUUUAUAACUGGGUCAGAGUAUGCAGAUUUUCCACAGAUGGAUAGCAAGGAUAAAGUAGGCAGUACAAUGAGGAAAUACAAAUAUAUCAUACACGCAGAACAGAACGCACUUUAUUUUCGCUGCCAGGAUAUAAAGGAAGAGGACACACCGAUGCUUUUUGUAACCAAAUGUCCCUGUGAUGAAUGUGUACCUUUAAUUAAAGCUACUGGUAUUAAAGAGAUCUACACAGUUGUCAAAGAUGACACAGAAGAUGAAUCAGAUGUCAAAGAUGACACAGAAGAUGAAUCAGAUGUCAAAGAUGACACAGAUGUCAAAGAUGACACAGAUCCUACUAAAAGUCAAAAAGAUAUCUCCUAUUUGUUAUUUCCUAAACUUCGAUGCAAAGUGGCAUUUAGUUGGCAAAAACAUGAUCACCCACCUAAAGACCCUGACUCUGGAGCUGCUGGGGCUGCCAUACUGGUUUCAACAAAUACUGAUGAAGAACAUUGUCAUAAGAAAAUCCGCGUGAAUUAAAAGGAAGCAUUUUAAAUGAUUUUAUUUUAUUCUAAUCAUAUUUUAGCACUUUUCUAAUUAGGUUUGCAUUCUUCAAGUUUCAAAUGCUUUUAGUUCUGGAUAUUUUAAUCAAGUUAUUGAGGUGGAGGGGGUAAUAUGGUUGAUGUAUUACAGUUUAUUAAGGUACACAGGUUAUGCUAUGUCUGGGAGUCGGCCUGUAUGCAUUGCACAAAACAAUGGUUAACUCACCUUUUGUAACAUAAUAUUUAUCAUUUUUCAUUCUUUAUAUAUAUAUAUGACAAAUGGAAAUUAUUAAGUGCUGCUCUUAAGAUUCCACAAAUCAUGUAGAAGCCAGCUGAUGAUUGUUAUCAAUAGUGAGUUAAUCAAAAAGUCCCAUGGAACUUAUAUUACUGAUUUAAGUUUCUGAUAUGGUACUGGUUACUGUUGCAGAACAGACACUACACCAUAUGAACCUCAAAAUGUCAGUGUUAAUUAAGAAUGUUAUGACAUAAAAAUGAAGUACAAAUUAUAGAAAAUGUUAGAUUUGCAUUAUAUAACAUUUUCAGAUUACAGUUCUACAAAUUGUAAACUUUUUAUAUAACUGAGGGAUUGGGGAAAGUUAAUGCCACUGAUAAACCUUUCCUGGAACUUAUAUAUAACACACAAUGUUAAGGCUGAUUUUCCCUUUAUAAACCAGUUUCAGUAUGCUAACUACUUCUGAGUUCUCAGAGACUGAAAUUUGUAUGAAGGAUAAAAUACAGAUGGAGAAGAAGAAAUGUUGUUCCUACCUGCAUAUAUAUUACCAUCUUCUGUAACCAAAUAGCCAGAUUCAGACCCCUUAGAGUUACGUUCAGCAGGUUUCCUUUUGAUAUAAUCCAUUCAUGAGUAAUCUGGUAAGUGCCUCAGAAAUAGGUACAUAGGACUGUACUAGGCUAGCUGCCCUUGUGGGUGGGUCAUUUUAAGUCUAGCCAAUUUUCUUUUUUUAUGGUCGAAUUAGCCUAUCACAUUUGGUUAGAGAUUAGCCUUACCCAUCCCAUGGUCAGUAAUUAUAUAUUAUCCCUAAUGGGAAUAACUUAGAUCAUACCCUAGAUAACUUGAGAGGACCCAUGCAUGGGAUAAAGCAUUUAGCAGCAGUUUCUGUCCUUUAGUAGUACAGGGGGCAGUGCUGGAGUAACUUUUCUGUUUCUCAUCCAUAGAUCCAAAUUGUGCUUUAAUAUGGACAUGAAUAAACUUAAACUUAGACUAAUAUGGAUGAGGAGACUGUUCCUGAACACCAGAUAUACCUGCCCCUCCAAAUUAUUCUGUUGAUGUUGCAGAAGAGGUUUAGAUCCCUAGACUGAGUAGUUGUGAUGUAAUUGGACUUGCUGAUGUGCAGUAAACUCAUCAGUACUGGGUGAGAGGAUGCAUUGUAUGCCAGACACAGGUCAUCACUUAGUAAUGACACUGAGUAUACUGUUAGGGCUUUGAGUCGGUCUAUGUAAUACAUGUUGUUUAGAGCUUAUAUCCUUUCAGUAAGGUAUCUGUGUGGCAUUCCAAUUGUUGCAUGUGUCUGGACAGAUAUAUGCCAAAGGGGACAUUAUAUUUAAUGACUGGUGUAAUGAGAGCUGAGCAAAGGAGGACAAUAAGACUCAUAGAUUUAGACACAAUUCAUUGUUUAUAAGUUGUACAAUAUAGAAUGACUUUCUCACAACAAUAAAUACAUGUUGGUCAAAAAUUGUCACUGUCCACAGAAGUUCCCAAAUCCCAAAUAACUGGGUGACUCUUCCAGGUAUAUUGUUUGUCUGGUAGUUCUCCUGGAGUGGAUAACUUCACAAAGGAUAUAAUAAUAUAAUAAUGCUGCCAUGUGUUUGUUAUUGCACACAAAUUUAAAAUAUAUGUUAGAUAUAACCUUGUUUAUCAUGAUAGUAGCUUUGGAUUGGAUCAGUUUCUGCCAAACCAGUCACAUAAUAGGUAUUGGAGCAGAAAAGGCAACCUUUAAUGAUCUCUGAUGAUGCUCAAGUUAAGAGUGUUAGGCAGAUAGGAAAAUGAUUCACUCUUAUUAAGAUAUAUUCUAUUUUUUUUAAGGAAAGGCAACUGUGGCAAUGGUAUCCUAAAAGGUAGAAUCAAAUCAGUUAUAUUUUUCAGUAAAAUUGGGUUGUACUUUUAUUCAGUCACAGAUUAGUGGCAUUAGGUUUGAGAAUGCCUCAGCCUCAUGACUUAGAGGACAUGUUUAAUCAUUAAGAGGAUUAAUAAAAGAGCUUUCAGGAAAAUCAUACUCUCUGACUUUCAGGCUCCAAAUAUGGGUUUUAAAAUGGAUGUUGGCUUUUUUUACAUUGCAAAUUUCCGUGUGAAGGUCAAUGAUUUUCUAAUUUUAGUUUCUGCUGUAAUGAUUCUAUUUUUUUUAAUCUUAGAACAUUGUGUACAUUGCCUGGAAAUUAAUAAAGUUGAUAUAAAUCGCAUGAAGAUAUGUAUAUGUAUGAAAUACAUGAGUAUGCAGAAUAAUACUUCUGCCAAAAGUGAUGUGAUUUAUUUUAAAGUUUUUUUUAGAGAAUCAGACUCAUAUAGCAUGUAUUUAGAAACAUAAAUAUCUUGAUGCAUGCUAAUGAUUUGUUUGAAUAUUGGUGAUUUGAAAGUAUUUCAUUGUAUUAUUUAAUGCUCUGAAAUUGAUUGCUAUUUUAUUGGUAAUAAAGCUUGAUUU